AUGACUAAACACUUGUCUAAGCCGAUCGGACCAUACUCACCCCACCCGUUAAUAACUGUACGUUGGAUGAACAUUCGAGUGCUUUCAUUAAUCGGAUGUUUAAUUAUUCUUCUAUUCAUUUUGCGGUAUAAUUUUAUAACAUGCUUUUAUAUUAUUCAAACAUAUCUAACAUGGUUUCGAUUUUAUUCCGGUGUAAUUACUGCGAAUGAUAACUUUGAUACAUCCAUGUUAAGUUACCCGUCAAAUCAAACAUCAGCACAACCAAUUUAUGCGGAUAUUGUUCCAGCUAUUUUACAUCAUAUUGUCAUUGGUAAUCUCGAUUUAGCUCAACGGCCAACAUGGGUGGCUGCACGAGAUGCUUGCUUGAAAUGGCAUCCCAACUAUGAAUACCGGUUUUGGAAUGAUUCAUCUGCCAAAGACUUCAUUAGAAAGGAAUAUCCAUGGUUUUUACAAACAUGGGAAACUUAUCCGUAUUCAAUACAACGUGCCGAUAGUUUACGGUAUCUGGUUUUAUACCAUUAUGGUGGUAUUUUUCUCGAUAUGGAUCUCCAUUGUCGUCGAUCAUUAGGACCACUUCGUCGCUUCGAAUUCAUCUCACCAUUAGCCAAUCCUGUUGGUAUAUCCAAUGGAUUUCUUAUGGUUUCUGCUCGUCAUCCAUUUUUUAAAGUUCUUGUUGAACAGUUGCCCUUAUUCAAUCGGAAUUUUAUUCUACCUUAUGCUACAGUCAUGUUCUCUACUGGUUGUAUGUAUCUAUCAACACAGUAUUCGUUGUUUAAUGAACGAUGUCGAUUAAAACUGUUGAAUUAUGAACAGCAUCGUUUAAGUGGAAAUAUUUCUACACCACUGUUUCAUCAUCAGGGCAGUAGUAGUUGGCAUUCGACUGAUGCAACGUUCAUCAAGAAUAUUUAUCAUGUUCUCCGUCAUCUAGUUUAUCAUCGAAAUUUUCUUUUUAUUAGUCUAUUUUUGAUUAUCAUUGUUGUUUUAGUAAUAUCAUAUCGACGAAGAAUCAAAUCUCAGGAAAGUCAUAAGAACGUUUUACACUUUUAA